GAUGUCAUUGUGAGGUAUGCAUUCCACUUAUCUCCAAAGUUCCAGAAGGGGACCCUUGCAGUCUUCACUCAUCAUAAGGCUGGUUUGGAACAUCAAGCUAUGAGUGAAUCUGCAACUCCAGUCCGAGUGGAGGUUUUGACCCAGCUGCAAGCCCAUGGCAUUGUUCCAGAAUACAUCACCUACCCUCGUGUAACCCUCAGCUCUGCCUCUCGUCUGUGUGUGCGGCACACCCAUCCUGGUGAUUCCUCUCGGCACUGUCUUACUCUCUUGGAUCCCUGUGCAUCUCCUAAGGAAGAUCCAGCUACCCCAAGCUGGACUCUUCACCAAGUACAAGGGGCACUGGCUAACCCCAGUUGCCCACUACUGGCUGUGAGAGCAGGGCAGCUGGCCCAGGUCUAUGAUGUAGAUCAGCAUUCCUUAAGGUACCAAUGGAAAUUUGCCUACCCUAUUGAGCACUGGGUAUGGCUAGAUGCAGGCACUCUUGCUGUGGUGACAGAGGUAGAUGUCUUCCACUGGGCCAUGAAACGUACCAAACCAAGACGACAGUUUAUGCGGCAUGAGCGACUCUGCGGCAUGGAGGUGGUAGGGUAUCAACAGGAUGUCAGUCAUAUGUGGAUGGCUCUCUCAGCUCUAGGGCUUGAGCAGGGCCAAGUUGUGGGUCUUUCCCAGCUCUAUUGGCAAGGGGGUGCGUUGUCUCAGGUAAUAGAAGCCCAAGCAGUGGCCUUGCCCCAACACAGAUUUUCCAUGAAUCCAAAAUCUUCGGCAGCCCUCUUGGCUGCUGUGCGGAGAGGCAAAGAAAGGACUGGACAGCUCAAUGUGGUGGAGCUGGGACCACACCAGCCAGGGAAUGCAGCCCUACUUAGUGCCCGUGGUAUUUUGCCCUUCAAGGGGGCUCGGUCAGGGGAUUUUCCUAGUGCUGUACAGUUCCUACCACACCUGGGUAUAAUGGUCAUUCUCACCAAACAUGCCUUUCUCUUCCUUGCUGAUAUUGAGACAGCACAAGUUGUCCAUCGUAUUCAGCUGGCUUGUGAUAUCCUUUUUGCCACUGUACUUGAUGAGAAUAAGCCCCACAGCUUGCUGGGAGUCUGCCGCAGUGGCAAGGUGCUGUCUAUCUCAAUUUGUCCUUAUGCCCUGUGUCAGUAUCUAUCCCGUCGGCCCGCCAGCCUCUAUCUCUCCCAACGUGUGCUGCAGCUGGUGGGCCAGAUUCCUGCUCAAUGGAAACCUGUACCCGUGGAGUGACCCAAAUCGUGGGGAUGGCACUUUGCAAUGCUACCGACUGUCCUUUAUUCCACAUGAGCCUCCUGGCUUUUGGGGGGAAAGAGAACCUCUAAAGUGGUGUGUAGGUGGGGAGAGGGAUGGAACAACAACACCAGUGGUGGGCAGUGUUGUCUUCUUCACCAGGCCUGCUGAAAAGGGUGUGAUACUAGGGAGGAAGAGAUCAAUAACAUUGAGGAGAAAGAGGACUCUGUGAAAAUAUGACUUUUUUGUAUAUUAGGGACAUUUUAUGGGGAGAACAUCUCUGGGAGAGUGAUAUAUAUAUAUGCUGGAAGGGGAACAUGGAAAUGUGCCUCAGGGUGGUGAUGGUUAUCCUCUGUCUGGCUUUCCUGUUGGUACCUGCUUCCCAUUUGAAAGUGGUGCUAAGUGCAUGGCAGCUGUGUCUCCCUGGUUUGCAAGGUCACUGGUGGAGUAGAGAGACAGGGUUUCUAUUGACAGCUGUGUCCUUCCCACAUUUUGUGCCAUUGCCAGCCAAUUCACCAUUACUUUGAAAAUAAAAAGAGUGGAAUGGU